AUGAAUUUCGAGGCGGAUGGCCACAUCUUCGGGAACUUCCACGCAUACUACAGCUUCAACCCGGUGCACGAGCGCUUGCGGUUCAUGGACGUGCCAACGACUACCGCACUUAGACGGGCGCUACUUAUAAAAGAAUCGACUGAAGACGCGGCAGACGAGACGUCCACUAUCAUUGACAUUGGCUGCAACGAAGGCGACUUGACUAUCGGUCUUUACAAUGCGCUUACUGGUCGAGAAACACUUGCACCCCCUGCCAGUGUUCCAGUCGACGAUGCGGUCAGCUUUGAUCUUGCUAACAUUUGUACUCUGAAUGAGCGGGUACAGAAGAACAAGUGGCAGGUGGAAUACGCGAUCGAAGACCAUAGCGAGACCGACCAUCGCAGGCGCUAUGUCUGUGAGCUGCAGAUCAACGACAAGGUCAUGGGUCAUGGUGAAGGUGUAUCGAAGAAGGUAGCAAAGGCCAAGGCGGCUGAAAUGGCUCUGAGAUCGCUGGAUGACAAGAACCAGGUUCAGAAAGAGAGAGAAGAGGAGGAGUCUUCUGGUAAUUCGAAUGGUGUUCUUGGACAGCUUCCAGUGACAGAAGACGAGCCAGUGAUGAGAAAGAAGCUCAUGGUACUGGGUGUGGAUCCAGACGAGGCGCUGAUUGAACGUGCCGCCAAUAAGCCCGUGCAGUUGGAUGAAGGAGAUGUUGUGCAAUUCCGCCGUGUGGACGUCAUGACGAGCAAGUUUAGCAAGGAGAUUGCUCCGUUUCUAGAGCUGGCGGAGCGCGCGGCAGCGAAACGCAAAUUCGAUCUCGUCACUUGCUUUAGCGUGACAAUGUGGAUUCAUCUGAACAACGGAGACGACGGCCUCUGGAAGUUUCUGGAGACGGUCAGUGACAUGACCGAGCAUCUGCUCAUCGAACCUCAGACGUGGAAAUGCUAUCGUAAUGCGCGGAAGCGGCUGAAUCGCAGGCACGUCGAGGUGCCCCAGUCUUUCAACGAGAUCAAGGUUCGUGCGGACGUCGUAGAGAAGAUUGAUGCGUUCCUGCUGGCUGGCCGGUUCCGCUACAAAGCUCAACUCGGCACGACCAAUUGGUCGCGAAAUGUGGUUCUCUACAGCCGCAAGCCCGUGCCUGGAAUCAUUUAUGUCUCGUGA